AGCCAGCAGGGAGGAGUGCGCAGAGGACUCAUGGACAUACUGAGGAAUAUUGCUUAUCAGCCGGCUAGCGGGGGCAAGAUGUGCGAGCAGACACUGGGCAGAGUCGUUGACAGCAGCAGGAGGUGGAGGGUCCCAGCUGAGGGCGACCAUAUCCACCACACCUGCCCUACCUCUGCCAGCGAGGUGUCCAGGAUUAUAACAGACCCCAGCACUGGAAAGAGAUACUGCAGGGGCAGAGUGCUUGGCAAGGGUGGAUUUGCAAAAUGCUAUGAAAUGACAGAUUUAACAACCAACAAAAUCUAUGCUGCUAAAAUAAUCCCUCACAGCAGAGUAUCCAAACCACAUCAGAGAGAAAAGAUUGAUAAAGAAAUCGAAUUACACCGGACCCUUAAUCAUAGACAUGUUGUGCAGUUUUAUCACUAUUUUGAAGACAAAGAAAAUAUUUACAUAUUACUGGAAUACUGCAGCAGACGGUCAAUGGCUCACAUAUUAAAGUCCAGGAAAGUAUUGACGGAUCCUGAAGUGCGCUACUACCUCAAGCAGAUUGUGUCAGGGUUAAAAUAUCUACACGAGCAAGAAAUCCUCCAUAGAGACUUAAAAUUAGGAAAUUUUUUUAUAAAUGAAAGUAUGGAGUUAAAAGUGGGCGAUUUUGGUCUGGCAGCCAGAUUGGAACCUCUUGAACAAAGAAGAAGAACUAUUUGUGGCACACCAAAUUACCUCUCUCCAGAAGUGCUUAAUAAACAAGGACAUGGAUGUGAAUCAGAUAUAUGGGCAUUAGGAUGUGUAAUGUAUACCAUGCUACUUGGCAGACCACCCUUCGAAACAACAAAUCUUAAAGAAACCUACAGAUGUAUCAGGGAGGCAAGAUACUCCCUCCCAUCGUCAUUGAUGUCUUCUGCAAAGCAUCUCAUCGCAAGCAUGUUGUCAAGAAACCCAGAGGACAGGCCAAGCUUGGAAGAAAUCAUCCAACAUGACUUUUUCUCGCAGGGCUUCACACCAGACAGACUUUCCUCCAGCUGCUGUCACACUGCACCUGAUUUCCAUUUGUCGAGCCCUGCCAAGAGUUUCUUUAAAAAGGCUGCUGCAGCUCUAUUUGGUGGGAAGAAAGAAAAAGCAAAAUACUUAGAUAAUCACAAUAAGCUUCCAAAGGAAGAUGAAGAAAUUUACAAGCUGAGACAAGACUUGAAGAAAACCUCUAUCUCUCAUCAGCCUCAAAAUCCCAGAACAGAUGAGGACAGCAAAACUGUAUCCAAAUCAAGUGUUCUAGAAAAGAGUGACAAACAGCAGAUGGGAGACACGAUACGAAUGAUUGUCAGAGGAACCCUUGGAAGCUGUAGCAGCAGUAGUGAAUGUCUUGAAGACAGCACCAUGGGUAGUGUUGCUGAUACCGUUGCACGCGUUCUUAGAGGUUGUUUAGAAAACAUGCCAGAUUCAGACUGUAUUCCUAAAGAAGAUAUAGGCACGUCAUUCCAUUGGGUGACAAAGUGGGUGGACUACUCCAAUAAGUACGGCUUUGGUUACCAGUUGUCAGAUCACACCGUCGGUGUCUUGUUUAAUAAUGGAGCACACAUGAGCUUGCUACCUGACAAAAAGACUGUGCACUACUAUGCAGAACUGGGGCAGUGCUCAAUAUUCCCAACCACCGAGGCUCCGGAACAAUUCAUUAGUCAAGUUACAAUUCUGAAAUACUUUUCUCAUUACAUGGAAGAGAAUCUUAUGGAUGGAGGUGACUUACCAAGCGUGACAGAUGUAUGUAGACAAAGGCUUUAUCUUCUCCAGUGGUUGAAAUCGGACAAAGCUCUCCUAAUGCUUUUUAAUGAUGGCACAUUUCAGGUGAAUUUUUACCAUGAUCAUACGAAGAUCAUAAUUGCCAACCAAAGCGACGAAUACUUAUUAACCUAUAUAAACGAGGAUAGGAUGUCUACAACGUUUCGUCUGAGCACUCUUCUUCUGUCUGGAGGUUCAAAUGAUCUAAAAAACAGAAUGGAAUAUGCAUUGAACAUGUUGUUACAAAGAUGCAAUUGAGUUGGUUAAAAGCAACUGGAUACAAUCAAGACAGAACUGUCCUACACUGUGAGAUCAUAUGUAUGAGGCAUUGGAACGUAUCGUGUUGGAAACGGGAGGUGGUACGAAAAGAAAUGUCCUACGUGGUGCGCUGGGCUGGGACCAGACUGAGGCUCAAUCAAUCCUGCUUUGUUGGAGUUUUUUUUUCUUUUUAUGGAUAAAGUUUGUCCUCUUGAUUUUGGAAAACGUAUGUAAUAGGCUGCAAGCACAUAAGCUUCACGGGUAGAAAAAGAACAAAAUCUGACAAAGUGGGGUAGUUUUGCAUUUAGCUCCAUAGUGAGCAUUUAUAUGGAGGAUUUGUACUGUGAACAUUUUUCCGAUUCCUGGAUGGAUAUGGCAAACCUAAAGGACAAAGAAUGUUUUGAAAACUAUGGAAUCGCUGUGAUCAAAGCAGCUCGCGACUGCUUAACUGUGAACUAUGGCCAUAUUUUUUUUUGUUUUGUUUUGUUUAAUACCCACAUUUGUGGCUGGACAAGUGCAUUCCUAGUUAUUAAAUAAUUUAUUACAGCCCAAAGUGAUGUAUUAUUUAUGAACUUUUUGGACUUUAAUAUUUUAAGUAUACGUUGUUGGCAAUAAAGAAAAAUGUAAAAUGA